UCGAAACCUCCCGCAGAUCCCGCGGGAUGUGGCGUCAGCGGUGGGAGAUCUCGCGGGAUCCGGCGGGAGGACAAGUUCAGGGAACAUGGCGACGUCUCAUCUGUUAAAGAAUAAAGGUUCCCUUCAGUUUGAGGACAAAUGGGAUUUCAUGAGACCUAUAGUUCUGAAGCUUUUACGUCAGGAGUCUGUCACAAAGCAGCAGUGGUUUGAUCUGUUCUCGGAUGUGCAUGCCGUAUGCCUAUGGGAUGAUAAAGGUCCAGCAAAAAUUCAUCAGGCUCUAAAGGAAGAUAUUCUAGAUUUUAUCAAGCAAGCUCAGGCGAGAGUAUUGAGUCAUCAGGAUGACACCGCUUUACUUAAAGCUUACAUUGUAGAAUGGCGCAAGUUCUUCACCCAGUGCGACAUCUUACCCAAGCCUUUUUGUCAACUAGAAAUUACUUUAAUGGGUAAACAAGGAAGCAACAAGAAAUCCAAUGUAGAAGACAGUAUUGUUAGGAAGUUAAUGCUGGAUACCUGGAAUGAAUCUAUAUUUUCAAAUAUUAAAAAUCGGCUUCAGGAUAGUGCCAUGAAGCUGGUCCAUGCUGAGCGAUUAGGGGAAGCAUUUGAUUCCCAGCUAGUCAUUGGCGUUCGAGAAUCCUAUGUUAACCUCUGCUCAAAUCCAGAAGACAAACUCCAGAUCUAUCGAGAUAAUUUUGAAAAGGCCUACUUAGAUUCGACAGAGAGGUUUUACCGGACCCAAGCCCCCUCCUACCUGCAGCAAAACGGUGUACAGAACUACAUGAAAUAUGCAGAUGCUAAACUAAAGGAAGAAGAAAAAAGAGCAGUGCGCUACUUGGAGACCAGGCGAGAGUGCAACUCUGUGCAGGCGCUGAUGGAGUGUUGUGUGAACGCCCUCGUAACGUCCUUCAAAGAGACCAUUUUAGCGGAGUGCCAAGGAAUGAUCAAGCGCAAUGAAACAGAAAAAUUGCAUUUAAUGUUUUCCCUGAUGGAUAAAGUUCCUAAUGGGAUUGAGCCAAUGUUAAAAGACUUGGAAGAACACAUUGUGAGUGCUGGACUCGCUGAUAUGGUGGCAGCUGCAGAAACUAUUACUACUGAUUCAGAGAAAUAUGUAGAACAGUUACUGACCUUGUUUAAUAGAUUUAGCAAGUUGGUUAAAGAAGCUUUUCAAGAUGAUCCAAGGUUUCUUACGGCUCGGGACAAGGCAUAUAAGGCUGUUGUCAAUGAUGCUACCAUCUUUAAGCUGGAGCUGCCGCUAAAGCAGAAAGGAGGUCAAGGGUCAAUCUCAAUGUGGGCCGUCAUGGUGGAUUCAAGGAAACUGAUUUACCGGGUGGGAUUGAAAACACAGCCGGAAUCAAAAUGUCCCGAAUUACUUGCUAAUUAUUGUGAUAUGUUGUUACGAAAAACACCUCUGAGUAAGAAACUGACUUCUGAAGAAAUUGAAGCAAAGCUUAAGGAAGUACUGCUGGUGCUGAAAUAUGUUCAGAAUAAAGAUGUCUUCAUGAGAUACCACAAAGCUCACCUCACCAGACGCCUCAUCCUGGACAUAUCUGCGGACAGUGAAAUUGAAGAGAAUAUGGUUGAAUGGCUCAGGGAAGUGGGUAUGCCUGCCGAUUAUGUCAACAAGCUGGCCCGCAUGUUCCAAGACAUUAAAGUUUCUGAAGAUUUAAAUCAGGCUUUUAAGGAAAUGCAUAAAAACAAUAAAUUAGCACUUCCAGCUGAUUCUGUGAAUAUAAAAAUUUUAAACGCUGGUGCUUGGUCAAGAAGCUCUGAAAAAGUAUUUGUAUCCUUACCCACUGAACUUGAAGACCUUAUUCCUGAAGUGGAGGAAUUCUACAAGAAAAACCACAGUGGUAGAAAACUACACUGGCACCAUCUGAUGUCUAAUGGCAUUAUAACAUUUAAAAACGAGGUGGGUCAGUACGACCUGGAGGUGACCACAUUUCAGCUUGCGGUUUUAUUUGCCUGGAAUCAAAGACCUAAAGAAAAAAUAAGUUUUGAGAAUCUUAAAUUAGCCACAGAAUUACCCGAUGCAGAACUAAGGAGGACGCUGUGGUCUCUAGUAGCUUUUCCUAAAUUGAAAAGGCAAGUUUUAUCAUAUGAACCGCAAGUUAACUCCCCAAAAGACUUCACUGAAGGUACUCUGUUUUCUGUGAACCAGGACUUCAGCUUAAUAAAAAAUGGAAAAGUUCAGAAACGAGGAAAGAUUAAUUUGAUUGGCCGCUUACAGCUGACCACCGAAAGGAUGAGGGAGGAAGAAAAUGAAGGCAUUGUGCAACUGCGAAUACUGAGGACACAGGAGGCGAUUAUUCAAAUCAUGAAGAUGAGGAAGAAAAUUACAAACGCCCAGCUCCAGACAGAACUUGUAGAAAUUUUAAAAAAUAUGUUUUUGCCACAGAAAAAAAUGAUAAAAGAACAAAUUGAGUGGCUUAUAGAACACAAAUACAUCCGAAGAGACGAGUCUGAUAUCAACACCUUCCUAUACAUGGCAUAAUCUGUGAAGCCUGCGUAUCAUAUCUGGAUGACGUGAGUGCUGGAGCAGGCCAACUCGAAUAUUUAUGCUGAAAGCAGACUCGGCUGCAGACUAUAUCGCAUAAAUAUUACAGUCCCCCUGCCUUACCUUACUAAAGGACAAGAAUAUUUUGCCAAUGUCACUCUGCCAGCAUGACAGCAUCUUUCACAUCGCUUUUACCGGCAUGCUGUUUUAAUGGAAAAUCGUUUUGGAAGAACUUGUGAGCUUGUAAAGUAGAGAUUUUUGUUGUUUUUUUUUCAAACAUAAAACUUUAGUGUUUAUUUUUAUUCCCCCCUCAUUUUUCUCCCCACCCGGGGAUUGGAUUAUCGCAUUUCAUGCACUGAUUAAUUGCUGUUACUGUUAGACUUUAAGAAAGGAAGAAAAAAAAUCCUCACCCCAAAAAUAGCACUUUCACCCGAAAAAUGAAUUUAAUGCAUUAAUUUAAUUGCUGUCAUCCCCUCCUACACAACGUUUUUGGUGACUUUUUUUAGGCAUAUUAAUAAUUUUGAAGAAGUUAAUAUAAAUUAGAGGAACUGGUAACCAGGGUCUGUCCGCUCCCCUGACAUGUCUGUGUUAAUUAUUAAUUAAUUAUUGUAUUCCCCAUGAAACAACAAAUCUAGAGUGUCUUUCCUUGGAAGCCUGCACUCUGCUGUUCCUCUGUUAUUCCUCCUGGAAGUAUAUCUAUUAAUUGAUAACUCUGAUACCGUUCCCUACUUCGUCUGACACUGUCCAAUCAAUGCUGACAGUGUCAGAUUGCGUACGGAUAUGCCACAUGGACGAGAGGAACGGGAACACCCCGUUGCCAUUUUAGCCAUAUGUUUCCAGGAGGGAUAACAGAAGAUCUGCACAACGCAGAGUUAGAUAAGAAAAGAUGCUUCAGAAUUAUUUCAUGGUGAUUGCAAGUAAAAAACAAACUUGUCAGGAGAACUGAUGGAUCCACUUUAAGGCUACAUGGACACGAACGUAUUUUGUUUCCGUGUCCGUUCCGUUUUUGUUUUUUGUUUUUUUGGAUAGGAUGCGGGCCGAUUUAAUUUUAAUGGGUCCGCAAAAAAUGUGGACGUCACAGUGUGCUAUCCGCAU